GUAAUAAUUGAUUGAUUUGGUUUGUCAGGAUCCCAAACGGGGAUCUGAAGGUGGACAAAGAUCUCCUGUUUGUCCAGUCCAAGAUCUGCGAGGCRCUGACAGGAAGCAGCUACASYGCACAGUGUGAACGCCUCAACACACCGUACACUCCUCAGCUGACCGAUGAAGACCGUCUGUCCAGGAAGAUGAGCAUUGCAGACACCAUCUCCCUCCAGAUCGCCAUAGACCAGGAGUCCAGCGCUGACCCUCAGAAACCUCAGACUGAGCAGAUCACCUUUGAGACGCUGAAGAACACCAUUGAGGACAGAGGAGGCGUGGAGGAGGAGGAGAGGAGGAAGAGGAUGGAGGURGUGGAGAGGUUCCAGACGGCUCCUUUUGAGGAAAUAGCAGCUCUCUGCGGAUCCAGGACGUCGCUGCUUCAGUCCAAGCUGGACCGGGUCUUUGACCUGAUCGCYCGUCCUCCACCGUCUCCGUCAGGACAGCCGUCUCAGCGGUCAACGCCCGUCUAUGAGAUGAAGUUUCCUGAUCUGUGUGUGUAUUAGAGGCUCAGCUGGAUAAUAAUGAAGCAUUUUAUGUAGCGAUAAAGAAACAGACUGUAAACAUGUUUCAUYUACAAGUUAUAUGUUUUUUUAGUGACUGUUUUGACAAAAACUUUCUUCUUUGUUAAUUUAUUAAAGCAAUAAGGACUGAUUAAAAAUUCUCAUGUAGUUGAUUAAAGAGAAUUAACAUGAAUUAACAUGUUUGAUUCAACCAUCUCUUACUUGCCAUGUUUUUAAAUUAAAACUUUUUCCUAACCUUGUA